GGGUGACCGGACGCAGAGGAGCCCAAAAUCUUGAAAAAGUAAGCUCGGCCCUGUGCGAGGUGGAAGCUGAAAAAUUUACUUAUGCUGGUGUGUCUGUGUGCGUUUGUGUGUGUGUGUGUGUGUGUGUGUGUCUGCGCGGAGUGUGAAGAGAGUUUGUGUUUUUUCCGGGGGAAGUUUGUGCCUUUUACCUUACCAUCCGUGGAAUCAAAGAAUCUUUCUCCUCCUUCUUGGUGAAGAAAAGAUUGGAGGAGCUCAAGAAGUUGGAACCCAACAGUGGGUCGUGCUUGGAUUUUCUCUUCAGCUCACAUGAGGUUUGCUUUGCAGAGCAGAGUUUUCCUUAGCGAACCUCCAUGUUGAGAAUGUUUCCCUGGAGUAGUUGCAAAGAUUAGCCCCAGAUAGCUGGUUCACAUUAAUUUUGGACAUGAGUAUGCUACUGGGACCAUGCUUGAACCAAGGGAAGCUGAUAUUCCAAUCUUGUUUCUUGUCUUGGUCGUGUUUCCUUUGGUUGCUUACAUUUUACUUGGGAAGUGGAGUGAUUCUGCAAAGAAGAAAGAGAGGAUAAGUUUGCUUGCUCAGCUUGCUGCCGAGGAAGCUUUUAAAGCUGAAGCUAUGGCUGUGGCUGACGUUGUCCCUCUUGUGGCUUCCUCAAAAAAUGGAACGCAUCAAUGUGUACGAUGCUCUGGUCGAGCAACAACUCGCUGCUCCAGAUGCAAGUCUGUUAGAUAUUGUUCCGGUAAGUGUCAGAUAAUUCACUGGAGGCAAGUACAUAGGCAAGAAUGUCAACCACUGGCCAUCACCUGGAACAAUUCAUGUCCUCAGCCCGGCUUAAUGGAAGAAAAUCUGGAUGAUCUAACGUACAAUUCUGUGAGCUCCAGUUCCUCAGCUUCUGUUUCUUGUUCGUCUAUUGAUGCAUCUCAAGUCUCAGCAGCAGAGAGGAAGAGUAAAGAGAAGCGAGUUUCAUGUAAAUUAUGCAGGGGAAUAUCAAGAAAAGAUGACGGAUUCAAAUAUGAUUUCCUUGAUGAAGUUAGUGGGAACAUGACUGAGUGUUCAUCCUCUUUUAAUUUGUGCCCCCGAAAGGAGGCUUUUGUAAGGCAUAAGGCCAAUACCAAUGGAUCGUUAGGGUCUGAAGGAGAAACUACUGGAAGGAACAGCUUCAAUUGCAUGAAUGGGUAUAUCAAUGGAUAUGCUGGUUUGACUCAUAAAAUUGAGGAGAAUAGCAAGUGGGCAAGCCAACAAGAGAACUUAUCUAAUACAAGGGAGAAUCAUGGCAACUUCUUUUCUUCAUCAGAACAUGGGGUCAGUUCAAGUGAGAAAUCCCCAUUUACUGUUCCAGGUGGUAGCAAUGUCUUUGAAACUUCUAGUGCUCAAACCAUGGAAUCGGACUGUCAGUCUAAAGCGACUACAAGGGGCAGUGUUAAAGCAGAAAGGGCUUCGCUUUCUUUUGAGAGCGGUGUACCUAAACCACCGAAUUCAAUGAUAAAAGCGUCUACUGAGCGAUGCUUAGGGAGUGAGAGGAGGGAACAAGUUACAGUGCUAGGGGUAAUUGCUGCAGAAGGGACCAGUACUUUCGCUAAUACUGGAAUCACGAAGAUGAUGGGUGUAAGGAAGUCAACGAAACUUACCCGCUUGGAUGCUUCGGAACAUAAUGGCGAGAGGCAAAAAAAAUCUAAGAUGCUAUUUCCUUAUGAAGAAUUUACAAGGUUCUUUCAGUAUGAAGUUUUCGACUUAUCACCUAGGGGACUUAUCAAUUGCGGCAACAGUUGCUAUGCCAAUGCUGUGUUGCAGUGUUUGACAUAUACAAAGCCUCUCACUAUCUAUUUGCUCCACAAAGAACAUUCAAGAGCCUGUUUUGGAAAAGAUUGGUGUCUUUUGUGUGAACUUGAGCAACAUGUGACGAUGCUGAGAGAAUUCGGUGCACCACUGUCUCCUAGCAGAAUACUGGUGCACAUGCGGAGUCUUAAUCGCCAUAUUGGUGAAGGAAGUCAGGAAGAUGCUCAUGAAUUUUUGAGGCUUCUCGUCGCAUCAAUGCAGUCCAUUUGCUUGGAGGGAUUGGGUGGGGAGAAGAAGGUUGAUCCAAGGUUGCAAGAAACAACAUUCAUUCAAUAUACAUUUGGUGGGCGCCUCCGAUCGAAGGUCAAGUGUUUGAGAUGUCAUCACGAGUCAGAGCGAUAUGAAAACAUAAUGGAUCUCACGUUGGAGAUAUACGGUCCGGUUGAAUCAUUGGAAGAUGCAUUGACACAAUUUACAACUCCAGAAGAUCUGGAUGGAGAAAACAUGUACAGAUGUGGAAGAUGUGCUGCAUAUGUGCGAGCCAGAAAGCAGUUGAGUAUACACGAGGCACCCAAUAUCCUGACUAUUGUAUUGAAGAGGUUCCAGGAAGGAAGAUAUGGGAAAAUAACUAAGUGCAUUACUUUUCCUGAAAUGCUGGAUAUGAUCCCAUACAUGACAGGAAAAGGCGACAUGCCUCCACUUUACAUGCUUUAUGCUGUGGUUGUCCAUCUGGAUACACAGAAUGCAUCUUUUUCCGGACAUUAUAUAUCUUAUGUGAGAAAUUUGCAAGGCAGUUGGUUCAGGAUAGACGACACUGAGGUUCAACAUGUACCAAUGAGCCAUGUAAUGUCAGAAGGAGCAUAUAUCCUAUUUUACACGAGGUCCUAUCCACGCCCGCACAAAAGUUUAUCUGGGAAAGCUGUCCGAGAUCCAGGCUUUGCAUCCGAAAGAAAUUGCGUAUUAAGAAGUCAAAAGUCUUCCAGACAAGCAGCAGAGACCAAACAGGACAGCCAAUUUGAUGGCCAUGAAACUAAACUGGAUCCAAGACCACCAUAUAUUGCUGCAGGCACAGCAAAGUGUGCGUCUGUUGGCGUUACUCGGUUCAGCGAAAAUGGGCGACCCUUGAUUGAGAAUUAUAACGAGAUAUUUGGCACUGAAUUUUCUGAUGCUACAUCAAGCGAUUGGUCUCUCUUUACGAGUUCAGACGAGGCAGCUUCUUUUACUACGGAGAGUACGAGAGACUCUUUCAGCACUGGAGACUAUGCCGAUCUGUGCAAUGUAGAUCCAAUCUCCUCGAUCUUCAGCAACUUGUAUGGUUCAGAGUACUCCCCACCAAAUGCCGUCUCCUGUAGAUUACUCUUGAACGGUGGAGCGCAGACGAGGUUUGUCUCGGAGGAAAAGGGCUAUGUACUGGAUUCCUACUUAUCAACCCAAGAAACCAGUAGAGCACAGAAAGGAGAGAGGUCAAAACAGAGAGUAAAUCCACCGAGCGGAUCAUCCAGUGAUAGGAACUGUAAUGCACAUGUAAACAAUGGUCGUUACCCUAAGCGGGUUGCUGCACGGACUUCCAGUCAUUGUAUAUCUAGUUCUUAGGAAUUUUUCAGAUGGUCAGAUAGCUUAGCUAGAUAGAUGCAACGCCCCAUGUUUUUUUGAUUAAAUGCUUUGCUAAUGGGGUGUCAGAUAUCGUACUUAAGCACUCGGAGGACGCAAUGUUCUUGUUUCUUUGCAUUAUUGAUUGAAAUGGGAAUGUUUUUACCUGUC